AUGGGCAUGAAACGAAGACGACCAGAAGAGAGUGGCCGAUGGCGAUCCGCAACCAUCAUUCUUUGCGUGGGGUGUAUGUCGUCCUCAUGGAGCCCAACGGAGGCGUUUGUAUCCAAUCGGCCGUCGUUCCUUUCGCGUCAACAACUACCCCAGAACGACGGGGGAUCCCUCCAGUACAGUUUGGGAGUGGAACGGCCACUGGUCACUCCCUUGGAGCUCGAGACGCUCAAACAUCAUCAGCAUCAUCAUCUAUCGGCUGUACCGAGUUUUGCUCCACUUCCGACAAUCGACUCUCUACAUGUAGAAGAAGACACACGGCAAUCCACAGCAACAGCCACAUCAGACAUCGUGCCUGGCUCUGUCUCCACUCCAAGAACGAUUGCUCGACCACAGUCAGUAUCAAAGCCAUUGUCCAAAAAGUCCCACAACAACAAUGUUCUCCAACUCUGGAAACGCCGUUUGAUUACCCGAGAAGAUUGGAAGCACACGCACAAAAUCACCGGUGUCCUCUUUUUGCUAUCGAGUUGGGCCUUGACGGCGUAUGCCCUGCGCGAUCUAGUGGCCAAUGGAUGGACCAUCCCCGUCACGCGUCAUGGUCGACCCUUUCAAUGGUGCCUCUGGACCCUCAUUGCCAGUAGUGUGGCACAAUCCUUCAGUAGCGUCUCCAUGGCUUGUCGCUACCGACGAGGACAACCCGCCAUUCGGAAUACAUUCUUGUGCAAUGCCGCCGUGGCCAUUCUCGGCAGUGUCAGUGCCUUAUGGACAUCCACGUGGUAUCCCGCCAGUCUCAAUGGAAUCGCCUCCAAGGCAUUCUAUUUGACCAUGGAUGCCAUUGGGUUGAUGGGAAUGGCCGACAACCUUGUCCGAUUAAAGGCACUCAUUGCCAGUCGACAACAGCACAAAAAUGCAACUCAAACAAUGACACCCUGGCAAUACUGGAAGGACGUGUUCGUCUACAUGAUGCCCAUUCUGAUUGGGGCGCCCUUUUUUGUCGCCAUUGGAUGGCAGUUUGGCAUCCAGCAGGAUCGAUUCUUUUAUCUCAAUUUGUUGCAGCAACCCGGUCAUUUGCAUUUAAAGGGUGGAGCUGUCUAUGCCAUGAUCAUGGUGGCCAUGGGAGCGAGCUAUUCGUCGCUGAUUGUUACUCUGCGAGACAAGAAACUCAUUGGCAAAAAGACGGAAGGAUGGAGUCUGACGGCCGUCAUGGUCUGUCUCAUUGGCAGUCUCUACCAAGCCAUGCGAGAUCCCGGGACCAUUCCACUCAUCAUGGGAAUGUAA